AAUUACAUUUCAUUUGGCUAAUGGCCAUACUCACAGCAGAAGGAGUCUGGCUACGUGAGACUAACAGCAGGUGUCUCAUUUAUAGUCAUAACAGUUUGUCAGCUUAUAUAAAACUAGGAACAACACUGGAAAAUUAAAUGGUUAAUUUAAUUAACUAACAUUUGCAGUAUUAACCAAAGUUGGUCAUUAUAACCAAUUUUAUUUAAUCACUUUUGGCAGCCAUAGCGGCUAGUUCUACUUCUACCUCAGUUGGAGCAGUUUUAUCAAAUUAUAUAAAACUAGGAGCAACAACAAAAUUCUAGUUUAACAAUAGUUCUACUUCUACCUGGCAGCAAUAUGGAUAUACAUGGUCUGAACUAUACCCUUGGUGAAGAUGUUAAUGGUCCUCUACUAGCAGCUGUACUUGCUAUAGAAAUGAUUGCUGCAUUGAUCGUUAAUGCUUUUGUUCUUGUUGCUACUUUUUCUCAAUGCAAAUCCUUAAAGUUACCAUCUACAAUACUCUUUACUUCUCUGAUUAUGAUACAUUAUGUAAUAGCCCUCAUAUACAUUCCAUCUUGGCUCAUAUCAGCAGCAUAUGGAGAAUGGAUCUUUGGCAGUACAAUACAAGUAAAAGAGGCAACCUGUAAAUUUGCUGGAUUCAUACUGAAUUACACUUUGCAACUCAAAAAUUUUACACUAGCUGCUAUAUCUGUUGAUCGUUGGUUAUUCAUUGUCAAGCCUAUCUUUUACAAGCAAUACAUGAAAGCUAAGGUAGCUGUGGUCCUGGCUGUUAUUAUUUGGAUAGUGUCUGCAUUAUUGAACAUACCACCAUUCUUUGGAAUGGGAAAAUUUGUUUUCUCCCCUUUUGGAUGCUGUCAACCACAAUACAUAGGUGAAGUAGGUUACAGUAUUAUCAGAUUAGCAUUCAUUCUCAUAGUAAUAUGCAUUAUGGUAAUUGCAUCAAUUUCAACGUGUUGCUUCACAAGAAGAUUCAUCCGGGAACAUGCUCAAUUAGCAGAUGAGAGUGCAUACGUGUCAAAAGAUAGAAAAAUCAUAGGAAUAUUUGGAGCAAUGCUCGUUGCGUAUGGGAUAUGCUAUACUCCUGCUAUUAUUGUUAUUUUCAUUGGUCUGUUUUAUGAUGUCAAAGCUGCAACAUUUACUGCAGUGUUGAUUUUUUCCCUGACACUCAUUAUCAUUAAUCCAAUCAUCCAGUCAAUUUUUAGGCCUGAUUUGAAGAAAGUGAUCGUUAAAUUAUGCUCAAUAUGUCAAGAAUUUCAUCAUUCUCCUGAGCCUGGGUGAACAUGAGGUCCUUAAAGAUUGUUCUGUUUAGAUAUAAACCUUUAUAUAACUAUGCACAAAUAAUAGUGCUAUUUGUGUAUUAAGUAAAUUGUUUUAGAUAUUUUUGCUUGUUUUUAAUUGAUAAUUUUGUUCCUUUUAAUUUUA